AUGUUAGUUCAUUUACUUUUAAUAGCUUCUGUCUAUGGACAAGUACUUGAUAUCACACAAAAGGCAAAGAAGGAUUUAGUUGAUCCCGUGGUCAACUUGACUGAAUCUUUAGGAGGUGCCAGUAUUGGUAUCGAUUUAGGUAGUACUCAAAGUAUUGGUUUUAGUUUAGGUAAUGAUGAAACCACUUCCCAAACUCAAAGAGUUGUCAGUGAAAACACUGUAAGUCCCGGUACUGUCAGUUCAGCUAGUACUGUAAGUCCUGGUACCGUAAGUUCAGUUAAUGCUGUAAGUCCAGGUACUGUAAGUACCAUUAACACUUUUAGUCAAGAUCCCUCAACUCAAGAUACCCAAACCAAAGAUACUUCAACCGAAGAUAUUUCAACUCAAAAUACUUUCACUGAUACCACCAGUCAACAAAAUACCCUCACACAAAACACCAGUCCUGAUGCAAGUACUGUAGAUACUUCUAAAAGAGAUACUUCAUGGUCAGACUUUUUCAACUUCGGAAGUUCCAAUGAUCGUUCAGAUAGUAGUCCAGCUUCAAGAUCAUCUUCAAGUACAAGUACUACUGCUACUGCCACUGCUUCCCAACAAACUGGUGAUAAUUCUUUUGAUGAUUGGAUUUCUUCAUUAUUUUAUCCAUCCACCAAAGAAGGUUCAACUGUGGGAGAUGUUUCAGCUACCGAAACCCCUUCAACCAAAAUUACUACUUCUGCUGAAACAGGUGCUACUGCAACCACCACCACUCCAGAUUCAACCAAUAAUGACAAAACUUCAUCACCAGUUGAUGAUGAUACUACCACCACAACUCCAACAGUUCCUGAUGCUCCAACUUCAAUCAGUUUCGAAGAUCCAACUACUACUGAUAUCUCCGAAGACGCUUCAACUAAGGAUACUGCUACCACUACUGAAGAUACUUCAUCUCCAACUGGUACCACAUCUCCAACCGAUACCACAGGAACUACAACUAGUAGUACUCCUCUUUUAGCUACACAAACUUCAGCCACUGAUACCGCAACUACUGACACUGCCACCACUGACACUGAAGCCGGUUCAAGCGGUGUUACUGAAACUCCAAGUCCAGUUGGAAGUGAAACUGCCACUCCAUCACCUGCUGAUGAAGAAGAUACUUCCUUGGUUGAUGGUUCAAGUAGUGAAAUUGCUCCUGAUUCCACCAUCCCAACUUCAGCUGAAACAACUACUCCAGCCAGUUCUUUAGCUACACCAACUACUGAUGAAUUAUCUACUAGUGAUGCCGAUAUCGUAAGUGGAUCUGAAACUUCAUCUCCUACUUCAUUGGCCACUCCUACCGAUUCACAAUUGGAAAGUUCUACUCCAGCAACUAGUUCUGCUACUUUAGUAACACCAUCAGAAAUUUCUGAUUCAGCUGCUGAACCUUCAACUGCCACUCCAACUUCAGAACUUCCAACUUCAGAGCUUCCAGCCUCAGAAACUUCAGGUUCAGAAAUUCCAACUUCUGCUGCUGAUACCACUUCUUUGGAAACUCCAAGUGAAAUUUCUGCUACGACUGAACCAACAAGUGCUGUUCCUAGUACAAGUGACUUAGCUAGUGUCAGUGAACCAGCUAUCAUAAGUGCUCCACUUAGUGCCACUAGUGAACCUGCUCUUAGUGAACCAACUGCCAGUGAACCAACUGCCAGUGCACCAACCAGUGAAGCUGUUAGUGAACCUACUAUUAUUAGUGCUCCAGUUAGUGCCACCAGUGAACCAGUUUUGAGUGAACCAACUGCUAGUGCUCCUGCUACUAGUGCUGUUGCUACCAGUGAAGUUGCUUCUCAACCAGUAAGUGAAGCCAGUCAAGCUCCAGAAAGUGAAGCUCCAGAAAGUGCUAAACUUGUUUCUACUGCUGAAGCUACUCAAUCAGCUGUUGCUUCAGAAGCUUCCCAAGCUCCUGAAUCAAUUACCAACGUUGAAUCAGCUACUCAAACUGCAGAGCAAUCAAUGGUAACUCCAUCAGUUGUGGAAUCAGCUGCUCAAUCAGCUGCUGUUGAUACUAACUCAGCACCAAUUUCAGCACCACCAACUUCAGCUACUCAUACUUCUAACAAUGAUUGGUUACCUUCAGGUUUAAUUGUUGAAGAAUCUACCAACAAUCCUAAUCCAACUUCAGAUGAAGAAAUCACUAGAGCUACUGCUCAAGCUUCUCAAACUUCAGGAUUACCAAGAGCUAUUACUCCAGCUACUACUUCUGAUCCUGGUAGUAACUAUGAAGUUGUCUAUAUUGGAUUCACUUCAGCUUUGAAUUAUCCUUUCGUUGUUGAACAUUCAUUAUCUUCAGCUCAAAUUUUCCAAUACUUACCUUCAGUAUUAACAUUCCCAUUUACUGCUGAAGACAUUUAUAAUGAUGUUUCAGUUAAAAGAUUAAUUCCUUUUACCGCUGAAGAUGUUCAAUAUACCAUCACUGUUGCUGAAGUUUAUUUCCCAACAGAUUCAGUUCAAGCUUUACAACAAUUCAUCCAAGAUUCUUCUUCAAAAUUAUAUAGGAAUCCAUCAUCAACACAAAUUUCAUUGGCAUCAUUAAUUGAUAAACGUAUACCGUUAACAGGAUUAGAUACUUCAUCAUCAUCGUCAGAUUCUGAUGAUUCUAGUUCUUACAAUAAUGGAUCAAUUGAUGCCAAUUCAAGUUUAUCAUAUUUUUCAUCCAAUUCUAAAAUUGUUGGUAUUACAGUGGGAGGAGCUGCAGGUGCAGGGUUAUAUAUUUCAUUAAUGUUACUUUUAUUCAAAAGAUUUAAAAAACAAAAUUCAAUCGAAUUACCUCCUAGUGAUAGUGAGAGUAAUGUUGGAGUUCAAUCAUCAGAUUCUGUUAGUGCUUUGUUCUAUAGAAUCUUAGAUAAUGGUUCAGUUGAGAGUGGUAACUCUCCAAUUCGAAUCAGUGAACCGAAGAAUGCUUCGAAUUCUUUAGGUUGGACUCAUUAA